CGGAGCUCACACAAGCCUGCCCGUUGUCCUGCUGCGGCAGGGGCCAGGGCCACUGGUGACCUCUCUUCUCCGCCGUCAUGCUCGGGGCUCGGCUGCUGCUGCUCCUGUCCUAUGGGGGGGCCCUGCUCGGCACUGGUCUAAACAAAACGUCCUCUGUGCGCCCAGACCUCCGGAGGCUGCAGGACUCCCCACCCACAGCUCCAGACAAGGGCUGGUGCUCCACCUGGGGGGCCGGCCACUUCUCCACGUUCGACGGCCACGUGUAUGACUUCCUGGGGACCUGCAACUAUGUCUUUGCGGCCACCUGCGAGGACACGUCACCCACCUUCAGUGUCCAGCUACGGCGUGGGCCCAGCGGGAACAUCUCCCGGAUCAUUGUGGAGCUGGGCACCUCCGCGGUCACCGUGCAGAAGGCGGUCAUCUCCGUGAAGGAUGUGGGGGUCGUCAGCCUACCCUACAGCAGCACCGGGCUCCAGAUCACACCGUUCGGCCGGAGCGUGCAGCUGGUGGCCAAGCAGCUCGAGCUGGAGCUUGUGGUCAUGUGGGGCCCAGGCAGUCACCUGCUGGUGCUGGUAGAGAAGCGGCACAUGGGCAAGCUGUGUGGUCUCUGUGGGGACUUCAAUGGCAAGCGGACGGACGAGUUCCUGAGCGAGGAAGGCAAACCACUGGAACCCCACACGUACGCUGCCCUCCAGAGGCUGGACGACCCCAACGAGAUCUGCACCUCCACGCCGGUCCCCAGGCCCCAGGCCCCACAGGCAGAGCACGCCCAGACUUGCGCCCAGCUGCUGACCCAGGUGGCCCCCGAGUGCAGCGUGCCCAAAGAGCCUUUCGUGCGGAGCUGCCAGGCGGACAUGGCCGAGUGCGCGCCGCGGGGCUGGCGGGACUGCGCCUGUGCCUCGCUGUCCGAGUACUCACGCCGCUGCAGCAUGGCCGGCCAGCCCGUCAGCCACUGGCGGCGCCCCGGCCUCUGCUCCGUGGGCCCGUGCCCGGCCAACCAGGUGUACCAGGAGUGCGGCGCAGCCUGCGCCAGGACCUGCUCCAACCCACAGCACACCUGCUCUAGCUUCUGCACCUUCGGCUGCUUCUGUCCUGAAGGUAUGGUUCUGGAUGACGUCUCCAAAAACCAUACCUGCGUGCCGGUUGCCCAGUGUCCCUGCAUGCUCCACGGCGUGGCCCACGCCCCCGGGGAAGUGGUGACAGACGCCUGCCGGACGUGCCGCUGCUCCCUGGGCCACUGGGUGUGCACAGAGCGGCCCUGCCCUGGGCGCUGCUCCCUGGAAGGCAGCUCCUUCGUCACCACAUUCGACGCCCGGCCGUAUCGCUUCCACGGCGCCUGCACCUACAUCCUCCUCCAGAGCCCACAGCUCCCUGAUGGGGGCUCCCUCGUGGCCUCGUACGACAAGUCUGGAUACUCUCACUCCGAGACCGCCCUAGCCGCCGUCAUCUACAUGUCCGGAGAAGACAAAAUCGUGAUUUCUCGGGACGAGGUCCUCACCAACAGCGGGAACACCAAGUGGCUACCGUACAAGACUCGCAACAUCACGGUCUUCAGGCAGACGUCCACCCACCUCCAGAUGACCACCACCUUCGGGCUGGAGCUCGUGGUGCAGCUGGAGCCCGUGUUCCAGGCGUAUGUCACUGUCGGGCCCCAGUUCAGAGGCCAGACCAGAGGGCUCUGUGGCACCUUCAACGGGGACACGACGGAUGACUUCAUGACCAGCACGGGCAUCGUGGAGGGCACCGCCCCGCUCUUCGUGGACUCUUGGCGGACAGGGAACUGCCCGGCCUCGCUGGAGCGCGAGAUAGACCCCUGCUCCAUGAGCCAGCUCAACAAGGUGUGUGCAGAGACCCACUGCUCGGUGCUGGUGAGGGACGGCACCGUGUUCCAGAGCUGCCACGCCACCGUGAACCCCAGGCCCUUCUACAAGAGGUGCGUGUACCAGGCCUGCAACUACGAGGAGACCCUCCCCCACGUGUGCGCCGCCCUGAGUGACUACGCCCGCGCAUGUGCCACCCACGGCCGCCUCCUGCGGGGCUGGAGGGACAGCGUCAACUGCACCACCCCCUGCACGGGCAACCAGACAUUUGGCGACAACAUCAGGGCCUGCGGCCGUACAUGCCUAUCACUGUCGGACCACAUGGCCGAGUGCCACCCGAGCGCCGUGCCCAUGGACGGCUGCGCCUGCCCCGAGGGCACCUACCUCAACCACAAGGCCCAGUGUGUGCGCAAGGCCCAGUGCCCCUGCCUCCUGGACGGCAGCAAGCUCAUCCCGGCGGACGAGUCCACCAUGGUCAACGGCGCCAUCUGCUACUGUGUCAACGGCAGGCUGAGCUGCCCCGGGCGCCCACAACUGCUCCUGGCGACCUGCUCGGCCCCUAAGACCUUCCAGUCCUGUGACGAGUCAUCAGAGAGAACAUUUGGGGCAGCCUGUGCCCCCACGUGUCAGAGGCUGGCCACCGGCACCCCUUGCGUACCCACCAAGUGUGAGCCUGGCUGCGUCUGUGCCCAGGGGCUCUACGAGAACGCCACCGGGCACUGCGUACCUCCCGAGGAAUGUCCGUGCGAGUUUGCGGGGGUCUCCUACCCCCGGGGCGCAGAGCUCCACACCGACUGUAAGACAUGCACCUGCUCCGGGGGCCAGUGGACGUGCUGGCAGAGUGCCCGCUGCCCCUCCACCUGCACACUCUACGGGGAGGGCCACGUGGUCACCUUCGACGGCCAGCGCUUCCUGUUCGAUGGCAGCUGUGGGUACAUCCUGGCCACGGACGGCUGCGGGACCAACCACUCGCAGCCCAGCUUCACGGUCCUGACGGAGAAUGUUGUGUGUGGAAAGUCGGGCGUCACCUGCUCCCGGGCCAUCAAGAUCUUCCUGGGGGGUGUGUCCGUCGUGCUGGCGGACAGAAACUGCACGGUCCACGGGGAAGACCCGCACGUGCGGCUGCGGGUGGCCACGAGCCCCCUGAACCUGGUGCUGGACGUCGUCGUCGGCAGCAGCUACAACCUGACCCUCAUCUGGAACAAACGCAUGACCGUCUCCAUCAGCGUCACGCGCGGCAGCCAGGGUGCCCUGUGCGGCCUGUGCGGCAACUACAACGGGAACAUGAAAGACGACUUUGAGACGCGCAGCAACUAUGUGGCAUCCAGUGAGCUGGAAUUCGUGAAUUCGUGGAAGGACAGCCCGCUGUGCGGGGACGCCGGCCUCGCGCUGGACCCCUGCAGCCUCAACGCCUUCCGCCGCAGCUGGGCGACGCGCAAGUGCGGCAUCAUCAACAGCCCUACCUUCGCUGCCUGCCACAGCCAGGUGUACCAUCUGCCCUACUACGAAGCCUGUGUGCGAGACGCGUGUGGCUGUGACACCAGCGGCGACUGUGAGUGCCUGUGUGACGCGGUGGCCGCGUAUGCCAAGGCCUGCCUGGACAAAGGCGUGUGUGUGGACUGGAGGACCCCGGACUUCUGCCCUGUCUACUGCGACUUCUACAACACGCACGCUCCGGGAGACGGCGGGUACCAGUACGACCAGGAGGCCGACUGCACGUGGCACUACCAGCCAUGCCUCUGCCCCGGGUACCCACAGAGCGUCCCAGACACCAACACCGAAGGCUGCUACAACUGUUCCCAGCACGAGUAUUUCGACCACGGCACGGGGACCUGCGUUCCUUGCACGCCGCCGCCCAGCACGCCAAGGCCCAGCACAGAGUCACCUCGAACCAUCCCUGCCAUCACUCUACGGCCCACGUCGGAACCAGCCCCAACGGUAACUCUCAAGUCCACGGCCACAGGACCCACGGUGACAGGGGCCACAACGAAGUCCACAGCAUCCACACUCAGCUCAGUGACGCGAUCGACAGCUCAGUCCACAGAGCACAGCACGGCUUUCCCACGGACCCCAGAAACUUCAGAGACCUCUACACUACCCCCACCGACCACGACUCACACGAGGACCCCAACCGCUCAUGAGACUGCACGGACACAACACACAGAAGGAACGUCGUCACAGGAGAGCACGAGCAGCAACAAUAGCAACCAAACGACCCCCACACAGCACUCGACACACACGGCCUUCAGGACCACACAAGGAGAAGCCACUCCAAGCAGGCCACACGGAGCCCUGACUUCACAAUCCACAUCCAUGCCCCCUGUAUCCAACAGCGCCCACACGACAGGUCCCCCCUCGGGGACGUCCUUCCGGACGACCACAGCUUUACCCACACCAUCGCGCCCCGAGACCACCCUCUCCACCCACGGGGCCCCCUCUACCACGUCCUCCGUGACGCCCACGACCCACCGACUCAUCACCCCAACGCACCCGGAGACCCCUACACCCCCCUCCACUUCUACCAGACCCACGGGCUCCUCGUCGCCUUCCCCACACGUCCCCAUCACGGGCACACAGCCCACGCACACGAGCCUGCCACUCACUCAAACCACGCACACCCCGAACUCUGUCAGCACAGCCAAAACCUCCACGUCCUGGGAGACCUACCCUUCCGCACCCAUCCACCAUGAAACCUCUUCUGCCCCCAAGCCCACCAUCUCCCACCAACCAACGGCCACGGGAACCCUGAACACCGUGACUCACCCCGCCACGGCCACGGCAUCCACGAGCAAGCAACACACGCCACACACGUCUCAUUCCACACCCACUCCCCCUGUCCCCAACAGCGCCCACACGACAGGUCCACCCUCGGGGACUUCUUUCCGGACGACCACAGCCAUACCCACCCCAUCAGGCCCCAAAACCACCCUCUCCACCCACGGGGCACCCUCUACCACGUCCUCCGUGACGCCCACUACCCACCAACUCCUCAGCCCAACGCACCCGGAGACCCCUACUUCCCCCUCCACGGCCAGAUCCACGGGCUCCUCGUCUGCGUCCCCGCACGUCCCCAUCACGGGCACACAGCCCACGCACACGAGCCCGCCGCCCACUCGGACCACGCACUACCCGAACUCCGUCAGCACAGCCAAAACCUCCACGUCGUGGGUGACCUACCCUUCCGCACCCAACCACCAUGAAACCUCAUCUGCCACCAAGCCCACCGUCUCACACCAACCACCGGCCACGGGAACCCUGACCUCCGUGACUCACAACGCCAAGGACACGGAGUCCACGAGCAAGCGACACACGCCACACACGUCUCAUUCCACACCCACUCCCCCUGUCACCAACAGCGCCCACACGACAGGUCCCCCCUCAGGGACUUCCUUACAGACAACCACAGUCUCAGCCAUCCCAUCGCGCCCCGAGACCACAGUCCUCACCCACGCUGCCCCUUCUACCACGUCCUCCGUGACGCCCACUACCCACCAACUCCUCACCACAACGCACCCGGAGACCCCUACUUCCCCCUCAACGGCCAGACCCACGGGCUCCUCAUCUCUGUCGCCGCCCGUCCCCAUCACGGGCACACAGACCACGCACAUGACCCCGCCACUCACUCAGACCACGCACACCCCAAACUCCGUCAGCACAGCGAAAACCUCCACGUCCUGGGAGACCUACCCUUCCGUACCCAUCCACCAUGAAACCUCAUCUGCCACCAAGCCCACUGUCUCCCACCAACCACCAGCCACGGGAACCGUGACGUCCGUGACUCACACUGCCACGGCCACGGAGUCCACCAGCAAACGACACACGCCGCAUACGACGCACUCCGCACAAACGACCCCUGUCCCAAACACAGCCCUCACGACAGGACCCCCCUCGGGGACUUCCUUCCGGACGACCACAGCCUUACCCACCUCAUCGACCCCCGAGACCACCGUCUCCACCCAUGCUGCCCCCUCUACCACGUCUUCUGUAACUCCCACUACACACCGACUCCUCACCCCAACCCACCCGGAGACCCCUAGACCCCCCUCCACCUCUACCAGACCCACGGGCUCGUCAUCUCUGUCCCAGCACACCUCCAUCGCGGGCACACAGCCCACACACAAAACCCCGCCACUCACUGGGACCACGCACACCCCGAACCCCGUCAGCACAGCCAAAACCUCCACAUCCUGGGAGACCUACCCUUCCGCACCCAACAACCAUGAAACCUCUUCUGCCACCAAGCCCACUGUCUCCCACCAACCACCAGCCACGGGAACCGUGACGUCCGUGACUCACACUGCCACGGCCACGGAGUCCACCAGCAAACGACACACGCCGCACACGUCUCACUCCACACAAACAACCCAUGUCUCCAACAGCACACACACGACAGGUCCCCCCUCGGGGACUUCCUUCCGGACGACCACAGCCAUACACACCCCAUCAAGCCCCAAAACCACCCUCUCCACCCACGGGGCACCCUCUACCACAUCCUCCGUGACGCCCACUACCCACCAGCUCCACAGCCCAACGCACCCGGAGACCUCUACUUCCCCCGCCACGGCCAGACCCACGGGCUCCUCGUCUCCAUCCCCGCACGUGCCCAUCACGGGCACACAGCCCACGCACACGAGCCCGCCGCCCACUCGGACCACGUACUACCCGAACUCCGUCAGCACAGCCAAAACCUCCACGUCCUGGGAGACCUACCCUUCCGCACCCAACCACCAUGAAACCUCAUCUGCCCUCAAGCCCACCGUCUCCCACCAACCACCGGCCACGGGAACACUGACCACUGUGACUCACACCACCAAGGCCACGGCAUCCACGACCAAACAACACACACCACACACGUCUCAUUCCACACCCACUCCCCCUGUCGCCAACAGCGCACACACGACCGGUCCCCCCUCAGGGACUUCUUUCCGGACAACCACAGUCAUAGCCACCCCAUCGCGCCCCGAGACCACCGUCUCCAGCCAUGCUGCCCCCUCUACCACAUCCUCCGUGACGCCCACUACCCACCGACUCAUCACACCAACGCACCCGGAGACCCCAACUUCCCCCUCCACGGCCAGACCCACGGGCUCCUCAUCUCUGUCCCCGCACGUCUCCAUCACGCGCACACAGCCCACGCACAACACCCUGCCACUCACUGGGACCACGCACACCCCAAACUCCGUCAGCACAGCGAAAACCUCCACGUCCUGGGAGACCUACCCUUCCUUACCCAACAACCAUGAAACCUCAUCCACCACCAAGCCCACCGUCUCCCACCAACCAACGGCCACGGAAACCCUGACCUCCGUGACUCACACCGCCACAGCCACGGAGUCCACCAGCAAGCGACACACUCCGCACACGUCUCACUCCGCACAAACGACCCUUGUCCCCAACAGCGCCCACACGACAGGUCCACCCUCGGGGACUUCUUUCCGGACGACCACAGCCAUACCCACCCCAUCAGGCCCCAAAACCACCCUCUCCACCCACGGGGCACCCUCUACCACGUCCUCCGUGACGCCCACUACCCACCAACUCCUCAGCCCAACGCACCCGGAGACCCCUACUUUCCCCUCCACGGCCAGAUCCACGGGCUCCUCGUCUGCGUCCCCGCACGUCCCCAUCACGGGCACACAGCCCACGCACACGAGCCCGCCGCCCACUCGGACCACGCACACCCCGAACUCCGUCAGCACAGCCAAAACCUCCACGUCGUGGGUGACCUACCCUUCCGCACCCAUCCACCAUGAAACCUCAUCUGCCCCCAAGCCCACCGUCUCCCACCAACCACCGGCCACGGGAACCCUGACCUCCGUGACUCACACCGCCAAGGACACGGAGUCCACGAGCAAGCGACACACGCCACACACGUCUCAUUCCACACCCACUCCCCCUGUCACCAACAGCGCCCACACGACAGGUCCCCCCUCAGGGACUUCCUUACGGACAACCACAGUCUCAGCCAUCCCAUCGCGCCCCGAGACCACAGUCCUCACCCACGCUGCCCCUUCUACCACGUCCUCCGUGACGCCCACUACCCACCAACUCCUCACCACAACGCACCCGGAGACCCCUACUUCCCCCUCCACGGCCAGACCCACGGGCUCCUCAUCUCUGUCCCCGCCCAUCCCCAUCACGGGCACACAGACCACGCACAUGACCCCGCCACUCACUCAGACCACGCACACCCCAAACUCCGUCAGCACAGCGAAAACCUCCACGUCCUGGGAGACCUACCCUUCCGUACCCAUCCACCAUGAAACCUCAUCUGCCACCAAGCCCACUGUCUCCCACCAACCACCGGCCACGGGAACCGUGACGUCUGUGACUCACACUGCCACGGCCACGGAGUCCACCAGCAAGCGACACACACCGCAUACGACGCACUCUGCACAAACGACCCUUGUCCCCAACAGCACGCACACGACAGGUCCCCCCUCGGGGACUUCCUUCCGGACGACCACAGCCUUACCCACCUCAUCGACCCCCGAGACCACCGUCUCCACCCAUGCUGCCCCCUCUACCACGUCUUCUGUAACUCCCACUACCCACCGACUCCUCACCCCAACCCACCCGGAGACCCCUAGACCCCCCUCCACCUCUACCAGACCCACGGGCUCGUCAUCUCUGUCCCAGCACACCUCCAUCGCGGGCACACAGCCCACACACAAAACCCCGCCACUCACUGGGACCACGCACACCCCGAACCCCGUCAGCACAGCCAAAACCUCCACAUCCUGGGAGACCUACCCUUCCGCACCCAACAACCAUGAAACCUCUUCUGCCACCAAGCCCACUGUCUCCCACCAACCACCAGCCACGGGAACCGUGACGUCCGUGACUCACACUGCCACGGCCACGGAGUCCACCAGCAAACGACACACGCCGCACACGUCUCACUCCACACAAACAACCCAUGUCUCCAACAGCACACACACGACAGGUCCCCCCUCGGGGACUUCCUUCCGGACGACCACAGCCAUACACACCCCAUCAAGCCCCAAAACCACCCUCUCCACCCACGGGGCACCCUCUACCACAUCCUCCGUGACGCCCACUACCCACCAGCUCCACAGCCCAACGCACCCGGAGACCUCUACUUCCCCCGCCACGGCCAGACCCACGGGCUCCUCGUCUCCAUCCCCGCACGUGCCCAUCACGGGCACACAGCCCACGCACACGAGCCCGCCGCCCACUCGGACCACGUACUACCCGAACUCCGUCAGCACAGCCAAAACCUCCACGUCCUGGGAGACCUACCCUUCCGCACCCAACCACCAUGAAACCUCAUCUGCCCUCAAGCCCACCGUCUCCCACCAACCACCGGCCACGGGAACACUGACCACUGUGACUCACACCACCAAGGCCACGGCAUCCACGACCAAACAACACACACCACACACGUCUCAUUCCACACCCACUCCCCCUGUCGCCAACAGCGCACACACGACCGGUCCCCCCUCAGGGACUUCUUUCCGGACAACCACAGUCAUAGCCACCCCAUCGCGCCCCGAGACCACCGUCUCCAGCCAUGCUGCCCCCUCUACCACAUCCUCCGUGACGCCCACUACCCACCGACUCAUCACACCAACGCACCCGGAGACCCCAACUUCCCCCUCCACGGCCAGACCCACGGGCUCCUCAUCUCUGUCCCCGCACGUCUCCAUCACGCGCACACAGCCCACGCACAACACCCUGCCACUCACUGGGACCACGCACACCCCAAACUCCGUCAGCACAGCGAAAACCUCCACGUCCUGGGAGACCUACCCUUCCUUACCCAACAACCAUGAAACCUCAUCCACCACCAAGCCCACCGUCUCCCACCAACCAACGGCCACGGAAACCCUGACCUCCGUGACUCACACCGCCACAGCCACGGAGUCCACCAGCAAGCGACACACUCCGCACACGUCUCACUCCGCACAAACGACCCUUGUCCCCAACAGCGCCCACACGACAGGUCCACCCUCGGGGACUUCUUUCCGGACGACCACAGCCAUACCCACCCCAUCAGGCCCCAAAACCACCCUCUCCACCCACGGGGCACCCUCUACCACGUCCUCCGUGACGCCCACUACCCACCAACUCCUCAGCCCAACGCACCCGGAGACCCCUACUUUCCCCUCCACGGCCAGAUCCACGGGCUCCUCGUCUGCGUCCCCGCACGUCCCCAUCACGGGCACACAGCCCACGCACACGAGCCCGCCGCCCACUCGGACCACGCACACCCCGAACUCCGUCAGCACAGCCAAAACCUCCACGUCGUGGGUGACCUACCCUUCCGCACCCAUCCACCAUGAAACCUCAUCUGCCCCCAAGCCCACCGUCUCCCACCAACCACCGGCCACGGGAACCCUGACCUCCGUGACUCACACCGCCAAGGACACGGAGUCCACGAGCAAGCGACACACGCCACACACGUCUCAUUCCACACCCACUCCCCCUGUCACCAACAGCGCCCACACGACAGGUCCCCCCUCAGGGACUUCCUUACGGACAACCACAGUCUCAGCCAUCCCAUCGCGCCCCGAGACCACAGUCCUCACCCACGCUGCCCCUUCUACCACGUCCUCCGUGACGCCCACUACCCACCAACUCCUCACCACAACGCACCCGGAGACCCCUACUUCCCCCUCCACGGCCAGACCCACGGGCUCCUCAUCUCUGUCCCCGCCCAUCCCCAUCACGGGCACACAGACCACGCACAUGACCCCGCCACUCACUCAGACCACGCACACCCCAAACUCCGUCAGCACAGCGAAAACCUCCACGUCCUGGGAGACCUACCCUUCCGUACCCAUCCACCAUGAAACCUCAUCUGCCACCAAGCCCACUGUCUCCCACCAACCACCGGCCACGGGAACCGUGACGUCUGUGACUCACACUGCCACGGCCACGGAGUCCACCAGCAAGCGACACACACCGCAUACGACGCACUCUGCACAAACGACCCUUGUCCCCAACAGCACGCACACGACAGGUCCCCCCUCGGGGACUUCCUUCCGGACGACCACAGCCUUACCCACCUCAUCGACCCCCGAGACCACCGUCUCCACCCAUGCUGCCCCCUCUACCACGUCUUCUGUAACUCCCACUACCCACCGACUCCUCACCCCAACCCACCCGGAGACCCCUAGACCCCCCUCCACCUCUACCAGACCCACGGGCUCGUCAUCUCUGUCCCAGCACACCUCCAUCACGGGCACACAGCCCACACACAAAACCCCGCCACUCACUGGGACCACGCACACCCCGAACCCCGUCAGCACAGCCAAAACCUCCACAUCCUGGGAGACCUACCCUUCUGCACCCAUCCACCAUGAAACCUCAUCUGCCCCUAAGCCCACUGUCUCCCACCAACCACCAGUCACGGGAACUGUGACGUCCGUGACUCACACUGCCACGGCCACGGAGUCCACCAGCAAGCGACACACUCCGCACACGUCUCACUCCACACAAACGACACCUGCCCCCAACAGCACACACACGACACGUCCCCCCUCGGGGACUUCCUUCCAGACGACCACAGCCAUACCCACCUCAUCAGGCCCCAAAACCACCCUCUCCACCCACGGGGCACCCUCUACCACGUCCUCCGUGAUGCCCACUACCCACCGACUCCUCACCCCAACGCACCCGGAGACUCCGACAUACGCCUCCACAGCCAGACACACGGGCUCCUCAUCUCCGUCCCCACACGUCCCCAUUACGGGCACACAGCCCACGCACACAACACCGCCACUGACUCGGACCACGCACACCCCGAACUCCGUCAGCACAGCCAAAACCUCUACAUCCUGGGAGACCUACCCUUCCGCACCCAUCCACCAUGAAACCUCAUCCGCCACCAAGCCCACCGUCUCCCACCAAACAAUGGCCACGGAAACCCUGACCUCCGUGACUCACACCGCCACAGCCACGGAGUCCACCAGCAAGCGACACACUCCGCACACGUCUCACUCCGCACAAACGACCCUUGUCCCCAACAGCGCCCACACGACAGGUCCCCCCUCGGGGACUUCUUUCCGGACGACCACAGCAUUACCCACCCCAUCAGGCCCCAAAACCACCCUCUCCACCCACGGGGCACCCUCUACCACGUCCUCCGUGACGCCCACUACCCACCGACUCAUCACCCCAACGCACCAGGAGACCCCUACUUCCCCCUCCACGUCCAGACCCACGGGCUCCUCAUCUCUGUCCCCGCACGUCCCCAUCACGGGCACACAGCCCACGCACACGACCCCGCCACUCACUCGGACCACGCACACCCCGAACUCCGUCAGCACAGCCAAAACCUCCACGUCCAGAGAGACCUACCCUUCCUUACCCAACAACCAUGAAACCUCUUCUGCCACCAAGCCCACUGUCUCCCACCAACCACCAGCCACGGGAACCCUGACCUCCGUAACUCACACCGCCACGGCCACGGAGUCUACCAGCAAGCGACACACUCCGCACACGUCUCACUCCGCAAAAACGACCCCUGUCCCCAACAGCACACACAUGACAGGUCCCCCCUCGGGGACUUCCUUCCGGACGACCACAGCCUUAUCCACCCCAUUGCACCCCAAGACCACCAUCUCCACCCACGCUGCCCCCUCUACCACGUCCUCCGUGACUCCCACUACCCACCGACUCACCAUGCCAACGCAGCAGGUGACCUCUAACUCCCCCUCCACGGCCAGACCCACGGGCUCGUCUCCGUCCGCACCGGCGACAGGCUCGAGCUCCCGUGGUCCCACUUUCAGCUCCUCACGCUCCCCAGGCACAGCGAGUGGAGUCUCCAGCUCUUCCUCUGCUUCCCCCACAGACGCCUCCACUGCCACACUGUCCGCGGUGCCUUCCCCGCCCACCCACGCCUUCUCCACCCCUGCUCGAUCCUCCACGCCUCCUCCCGAUCAGACUCCUGGCCCCCUGGGCAGCACCAACGUUGUUCCUUCUUUGCCCAGGACCACACCCAGCCCCCCCAUGUCCCACACCCUCUCCUCCCUGUCUACGACCUCCCAGUCUACGACCCUCACCACCCGAAUCCCUCCAUCCAGUCUCUUCUCAUCCACCGUGGGGGUGACAGCCAUCCCGACUUCUCCAGUCACGAACCUCACCACCGGACAACCCAGUAGCACUGGAGUUUCAAUCACCGUGACCCUCGCCAGCUUGACCUCUGUCCACGGAAGCUCAUCCCUCCAUUCCACGGGGUCCUUGUCUCCUGGGGCGCCAUCCAUUUCCUCUCAGGUGACAGCCACGUCCCGCUCUCCAGGCGUCUGUGAUGUGAAGGAGCUGCAGCAGGAGGUCACCUACCGAGGGUGCACUGCCAAUGUGACAGUGACCCGCUGUGAGGGCUUCUGUGCCUCCUCAACGAGCUUUGACAUCCCCACGAACCAGCCGGAGACCCACUGCAGCUGCUGCGAACCCCUCGGCUCCUACCAGAAGCAGUUUGUGCUGCCCUGCCCGGACCCUGAAGCGCAGGGCCGGCAGCUGGUGCUCACCCUACAGAUGUUCAGCAGCUGUGCAUGCAGCCCACAGCACUGUGGGGGCUAG